AUAUAGCCAGACUCCCUGUCCCAAGUCAGUCAUUGACCAGCCACAGGCAAAGCAACUCACCUACUACCACCAGAGAGACCUUGGACUAGUCUCCUGCACCCCCAGAGAGAUCUUGGACUAGUCUCCUGCACCCCCAGAGAGAUCUUGGACUAGUCUCCUGCACCCCCAGAGGAAACAUGUUACACAGCCCAGUCUUCCCUGCAUUUGGCCACCACCUGGCACAGCACCCAGCCAUGCCACUAGCCAUGGAGUUGCCCAGGACCCCAAAGGCUUCCUUCAACAUUGACUCCAUCCUCUCCAGAACAGACAGACCUGCCUCCAAACUAUCCAUGGAGAUGCCCAGCUGGCAGCCCCCUUCUCCCCCAUCUAUGCCCUACCGCUACUCAUAUGGAAUGAUGCCCUACCCACCCGUGUGGCUCAUCAAACCCACAGUGGGCUACCCCAACAUGGCACAACAGCAGCCAAUGAGGAUGCCCAGGGGAGAAUGUCUGUGCCCAGACCCUACCUGUAAAGAGAGAGUAUUGCCAUUCUCCCACUGCCCAAAUGGUGCCAUGAACCCCCUCUCGUGGAGGACAGGACCCUGCAAGAUGAAGAGAAUCCGCACAGUGUUCACCCCAGAGCAGCUGGAGAAGCUGGAGAAGGAGUUUCUCAAACAGCAAUACAUGGUUGGCACUGAAAGGGUGGACCUGGCAUCUACACUCAACCUCACAGAAACACAGGUGAAAGUUUGGUUCCAGAACCGACGCAUCAAGUGGAGGAAGCAGAGUCUGGAGCAGAAGAAAGCUAAGCUGUCCCAAUUUGGGGUGAUCCCUGCAGACAGCUCAGAUCACACUGACGACAGCAGGGAGACUGAGGAGGAUGAUCUGGAUGUGGAACUGUAGGAGCCUAAUGAACAUAAAUUAGGUGAACUUGCUGAGCAUCAUGGGUAGCUCCAUCCCCAAUAAAGAGCACUAUAGUCAAGAAGAUGGCAUUGGACUAAGCCAAAUACUUAGUGACUGGUCAUUUCUGUGGGCAGAGAUGGUAGGGUUAACUUCUCCAUAAACUCUUUAACCCUUUCAUUACUGGAACACCUUAAAAGGCACUGAGCCAGCACUUGGGAAUAUUGGAUAUUGGACUGGUGGGACUGGGGAAUAGGAAUGGUGAUACCGCAUGGACAAUCCAAUGGCUUUGUGAGACGGGUGGGUGUUAAGACUGGGGUGCCCCAGCCUGUACUGGCAGUCUCUUUGCCUCUGACCAAAUGUUGGGUGCUGCUGAUAAUCAUCCUGUUUGAAAAUCCAAAUGUACUUUUUGCCUUAAUAUUUAUAGUAACUGUAAUUUCCACAGUCCUGAUGCUUUGUACUGCGCCUCCCCCUGGCACUCGUGGGUUAACCACCAUCACCCCUCUCAUUAUCUGAAUGGGGAAUCUGUUGGCCCCAAUACUGUAUUUCACCGAGGGGUGCAGCAUGUGACUGGUUUCUGUGUGUAUAUAUAGUGUGUGUGUAUAUAGUUUGUGUAUGUCGGGGGCAUGUGAGUGUACCAGCGCUCAGGAUAAUGAUUUGAUGACUUUCUCUACAUUAAUGUAUUAUUUAUACUGCUGCACACACUGUUUGUUACUGUAAUUUAUUUAUUGGAUCUUCUUUUUUAUAUAAAGAUUUUUUUCUAUUUUACAUAAAA